UAGUUGAAUAUACCGUAGUUGAAGUAACAAAGCUUUAUUAGAGGUCACUUGUGAAAGAACGAAGGACAACGCAGUGAAACUGAAAGUGAAAGUUUGGGGGUGAAUUAAAUCCGUUUUUGAAAGAAAAGAUAAUAGAAUUGAUGGUUAUUGAGACGGGAUACAGUGUGUGGCAGAGACAGGACUGUGGAAUUACGUUACAUCAGAUUAAUUGCGUACUUCGUUCUCCUUCGUUCAAGACUCAGCACGUGUUUAUCCAUGCCAUUGUCAGGAAUCCUCUUAUAGGCCUACAGUUUUGUUUUGAAAUGACUCAGAAAUUUGUUGUCUGAUAAUUGGCAUUUAUAAUUUUGUGAUCUGCAUAUUAAGUUCAUAAUUGUGAUUAUAGAUUCUAUUAUUUACAGUACAGAUUAGGGUCAAGCACAGGAUAUAUUAUAUUCAAGGCCAACCAAAUAUGCAUACCACUUAAGCAGAGUAUAUACCUUAGAGAGCAUAUUAGUACUUCAAUUCAAAAUGAUUUUUCUAUUGGGAUGAACUAAAUAACCUACGCCAUGCAGUCAGUUGCUGUAUAUGGAAGGUUGGUUGCUAGAGCAUUUUUUGCAGGAAUUCACUCUGAUUUUCAAAAUCAGAUUAAAGCUCACAUGCGGAAAUACAUAAACAACCGCUCCAUGAAUAGGCCUAAGGCAUCUCUUGUCCAAAAUUGGGCAUUUGGAGAUGAUGCCUAUUUUAUUUCAAGGAAUAAAAUCUCAGAUGUGAUAGGAAUUGCAGAUGGAGUAGGUGGCUGGAGACAAUAUGGAGUGGACCCUUCAAAUUUUUCGCGAACGUUAAUGGCUACAUGUGAAAGAAUGGUCCGUGAAGGUCAUUGCCGUCCACAAGCACCUGCUAGCAUGAUCCAAGACUGUUACGAGGAGUUAAUGAAUCAAAAAAUGCCAUUGAUUGGUAGUAGCACUGUUUGUAUUGUGUCUUUACAUCGUGAUGAGCGAACAAUUUAUACAGCCAACCUGGGUGAUAGUGGCUACUUGCUCAUUCGUGAUCGCGAAGUAGUCCAUCGCUCCCAUGAACAACAGCAUUAUUUUAAUACUCCCUACCAACUUUCAGUCGUACCACCUGCACAGGAAGGUCUAGUUAUCAGUGACAGUCCGGCCAUGGCUGCUAGUAACUCUCAUAAAGUAGAGGAAGGUGAUAUUAUUCUAUUAGGAACAGAUGGUCUGUUUGACAAUAUGACAGACUCCAUGUUAGUAGAUUAUGUUGCAAAACUUAAAGAUAUUAAAAGUGAACCUAAAGAAGCUGUUCAGAAAACUGCAACAGACAUUGCUGAGAAAGCAUUGAACCUAUCAUUUGACCCUAAUUACCUGUCUCCCUUCAGUUUAUCAGCAAUUGAUGCUGGUAUCGAACUUACUGGUGGUAAACCUGAUGACAUCACAGUGGUAGUUGCUAGGGUAACCAAUUUACCAGAUACCUAGCAACCUGUACACUUUCCGUGUGUGUGGUAGUAGAAUGAAAGGGAGGAGAAUGGUAGAAUGAGGAAUUUUGAGUAUCAUUACUUUUUUAAUUUAAGAAAAGAAAUUGUAUGUUUGGUCUUAUUGAAAUGAUUUUUUUUAUUUAUAAUCACAAGUGCUCUAAAUAUUAUUUUUUAUGUAUAUUAUUAAAUUAACACUAAGUUCAUUUUUAC